AUGGCAACUGCUAAACAUGGUGUUCUAUCUAUUGAUGUUGAAUGUGUAGCAACAACUCAUACUCAUGAAGAUCGAUCUCCCUGCAGUGUCGCUAUUGUCGAUGAUAAAUGUCAAAUUAUAUAUACAUCACUGAUAAAACCAACUGAAAAAGUUGUUAGUGAUCUUUAUCCAUUAACUGGCUUACACAUGGAAGAUCUUGAACAAGCACCUACAUUGGAAGAAGUUUUACAAAAAAUCUAUCCAUUGUUCGAUGCAACAACGAUCAUUGUUGGUCAACGUCCACAAGGUGAUAUUAAAUGGUUAAAACUACAGAAAGAUGUACACUAUUCACAAAUUGUUGAUUUAAGUGAAUGGUUUAAAACAUAUAAUACUCGUUUUGGUUCAAUAAAUUAUUUUUCAUUGGCACAUGAAGCUUGGACAUUAUUAAAUAUCGAUCUCAAUGCGAAAAAUGGUCAUUUAGCUACACAAGAUGCUAAAGCAUCGAUGCAAUUAUAUUUAAAAUAUAAGGAUAAUGAAAGAGGAAACGAAGAUGCUCGUAGACUUUUACUAAAUAAUCGACCUGGUAUAACACCAGCAAGGGCUUGUAACUACAAUUAUGAAGGUGUUUGUCUAGGUGGAUAUUUUCCAAAAAUGUGUUCUUGUAAUCGACCUUCGUUAUCGAACAACUAA